AUGGAGAAACUACUUGAGAUAGUUGUAGUUGUUUCGACCAUACUUCUUGGCUUAGCUCUAGUUUACUUAUAUGAAGUCCUAUGGCUGAGGCUGGAGAAGAUAAGGAAAAAGUUGAGGAGGCAAGGCAUAAACGGUCCUAAACCUACUUUGCUCUAUGGCAACACCCAGGAGAUGAAGAGAAUCCGACAAGAACUCAAGUGUGUGCAGAGGCAAGACAAAGACAUGAACGGCUACAUAUCCACCAUCUUCCCUCAUUUCCUUCUCUGGAGGAAGACAUAUGGGCCCGUGUUCCUUUACUCAACAGGAGUUUUGGAGAUAUUGCAUGUUGCUCAGCCAGAAAUGGUAAAAGACAUGGGCCACUGGACUCCAUCAGAGCUAGGGAAGCCACAGCAUAUAAUGAAAUCACGAAAACCUCUCUUUGGAUUAGGUAUAUUGAUAGCGAAUGGCGACCUUUGGGCCUAUGAGAAGAAGAUCCUGGCACCACAAUUCUUUGUAGAAAAAAUUAAGGGUAUGAUAGGGCUGAUUGUGGAUGCAACUGUUCCGCUGUUACAAUCAUGGGAGAAUAUGCUUAAUAGCACGGGAGGUAGUCAGAAGAUCUAUGUUGAUGGAUACCUGAGGAACUUUUCAGCGGAUGUGAUUGCUAGAGCUUGUUUUGGGAGCAAUUUCAUAGAAGGAAAAGACAUAUUUUGCAAGCUCAGGCAGCUCCAGAAGUUAAUUUCUCAACAGGAUACAUUUGUCGGGCUGUCUGCACUGUGGAAAUACUUGCCUACCAAGAGAAACUGGGAGAUACAAAUGCUGGAUCAAGAAGUCCGGUUACUAAUCCUGGAUCUCUCAAGGGAACACAGGAGCAAAAGCCGCAGCAAUGCUGUCACGCACAUGUCCACAUAUGACAACCUUCUGCAUGCCAUUGUCGAUGGUGCAAACCAGUGCCCAAGCUAUUCCAGUGCCCCUGAAGAUUUCAUCGUCGACAACUGCAAGAACAUCUACUUUGCUGGGCAUGAAACUACAGCGGUCACUGCCACUUGGUGCCUGAUGCUACUUGCUGCACACCCAGACUGGCAGGAACGUGCACGGGCUGAAGCUCUAGAAGUGUGCUGUGGACAGACAGUGCUGGACAUUGACGUCCUUCGUCAGCUGAAAAUAAGACUCUCCGGCUGUACCCUCCGGGCAUCACUAAUCAUGCGUGAAGCCCUGACAGACAUCAGGCUUGGUGGAGUUGACGUCCCUUAUGGUACCAUUAUCCAAGUAGCCAUUUCAAUGCUGCACCUUGACCUCGAAGCCUGGGGUCCAGAUGCUAACGAAUUUCGUCCAGACCGUUCGCGAAUGGAGCUGCUGCGGCGUGCAAGCCGCCCACAUGUACAUGCCGUUCGGAUACGGACCAAGACUGUGCACCGGGCAAAACCUGGCAAUGGCAGAGCUGAAGGUUCUUCUUGCACGCCUGCUGAGCAAGUUCUCAUUCUCAUUGUCACCUGGGUACCAACACUCUCCGUGUUUCGCUGA